UAAGUUGUUAAAUAAAAUCGUCGAACAUGGAUGUAUUGGAGGAAGAUAUAGCAGUAGCCUCUUUCAUGUUUAUCAUGUUGUGAUCGGCUUGCACAAGUUGGAAAAACACAGCAAAAGGGAAGCAUUAAGCCCUGAGCAUAGACUGGCUAUCACUUUGUAUUAUCUCGCCCACGGUUGCAGUAUGCAAGUUGUCGCUUGGUCCUUUUUGAUUGGGAAAUCCACCGUAUCGUUUGUUAUACGAGAGACAUGUCAGGCAAUUUGGGAUGUGUUAUCACCUAUCUAUUUAAAAGCACCCACAGUCAAUGAAUAUCAACAUAUUUCAAAAAGAUUUGAAGAACGUUGGAAUCUGCCUAACUGUUGUGGUGCCCUUGAUGGUAAACACAUAACUAGGUAUACAAGCACCAAAAAAAUCCGGGAGUGCUUUUUUUAAUUAUAAAAAAACACAUUUAGUUUGGUUUUAAUGGUAGUGUGCGACGCGGAUGGUGGGGUGUUUACCGAAUCAAAAUUUGGUCAAGGUUUAGAAAAUGGGACAAUUAAGCUUCCUCCUUAUUCACCAUUACCAGGAACAAUUCAACCUUUCCCAAUGUUUUUUGUGGGGGGAUGAAGCAUUUCCUUUAAAGUCAUAUAUAAUGAGACCUUAUCCAGGUAAACGUUUGGAAGCAAGAAAGCGAAUAUUUAAUUGGUGUCAUGGCGCCGUCGAAAUUCUUUUUCGACCGUUGAAAUCAGUUAGAAUCGGCCCCCAGAUACAUUGAUUUGUCAUGUUUGAAUUUUUACGGAAUACGGUUAGGCCAAUUAUAAACCAGCCUUUAGCUUUUGAUGCAUGUGUUGAUGCAUGAGACACAGCUGCAUAUAACACGAUGAAGCACCAAGAACCACGAACAGAAGGCCAUCUCCUAACCCUACUUUUGAAAAUUGUAACUGACAAGUCUUUUAAUCUGUGGUGUGAACCUGUGGAUGAUUUAGUUGAAGUGGUUAAGGGACACGUAUAGCUUUAGCGUUUGCGUGGAGUUAUUAAAGGGUCGAAGCCUGUAUUAGUGGAUCAUUUUCUGUUAAUCAAAGGUGACUUGCCAUUUAUUGUUGGUGAUUAAGGGCAACUAUUAUAAUCCAUGUGAUGCUGCUUUACAUUUAACUGGAAAAUGACUAUGAUAGAUGAUAUUAACGUUUUGUAUUCUAUACUGUUUUUUUUAUGGCUACAGUACCUUUGGGAAUUGUACUUAGAAAUCCGACAGUAUCGAGUAUGUCAACAUACCAAAGAUGUACCGCAGGAACUUCGAGGUGUUAUGAAUAAGGAUAUAUUUGACAAGGCACGUUCGUAUAGUAUCGACAAAAGUAGUUUCGGUUUUGUGAAGAGUGCAGUAUCAAUAAUCACCUCUACUUUUAUAAUAUAUACCGGGUUACUAGCGAAAGUGUGGAAUUAUUCGCAAAGUAACAGCCCUUGGGAAGGUGAAGUUGCGACCAGUUGUAUUUGGUUGUUUAUUUUAACAACUUUGUCUUCUGUUUUGGAUUUACCAUUUUCCAUUUACUAUACAUUUGUACUUGAAGAAAAAUAUGGUUUCAAUAAGCAAACGGCCACUUUCUUCACACUUGAUAAAAUUAAGGCGUAUAUUUUAAGCCAAUCUUUAACAUUGCCGAUUUGCUCUAUUAUAAUAUUAAUAGUGAAAUAUGGUGGGGAAUAUUUCUUUGUUUGGCUUUGGAUUACGGUGGGAGUAAUUCUGAUGGUACUUUUGACAAUAUAUCCAUCCUACAUUGCUCCUUUAUUUGACAAAUAUACACCCCUACCAGAAGGUGAAUUAAGAACAAACAUAGAAAAACUGGCAUCGGAGCUCAAGUUUCCUCUAGAUCAGCUGUAUGUGGUCGAAGGGUCAAAGAGAUCCGCACACAGUAAUGCCUACUUUUAUGGAUUAUUUGCCAAAAGAAUAGUAUUGUUCGAUACCUUAUUAGCCAAACCAGAAAGUGGAGGUUGUGAAAACGAUGAAGUUUUAGCAGUACUAUCGCACGAACUUGGACAUUGGAAACACAGUCACAUCACUAAAAGGCUAAUUAUCAUGCAAACGAAUUUACUUUUAGUAUUUCUUGUAUUCGCAUUUAUGUUUCGUUACCCUCCCAUCUAUCAAGCGGUGGGAUUUCCGACAAAACUACAACCUGUACUGGUUGGUUUGCUAGUUGUAAUGCAAUACAUUAUGGUGCCUUAUAACGAACUAUUGUCAUUUUUGUUGACAUGUCUUUCACGGUAUUUCGAGUUUCAAGCAGAUAAAUUUGCUACUAAAUUGAAGAAAGCGGAGCCUCUGCAAAGAGCCCUAAUUCAGCUGAAUAAAGAUAAUCUUGGAUUUCCUGUAUAUGAUUCCUUAUAUUCAGCCUGGCAUCAUUCACAUCCACCACUUCUUCAGAGGUUAGAUGCUUUAAAAACCAAACAGGACUAACAUUAUUGUUUUAUCACGAAGCACAGAUUUUUAUACCUACUUUUAACUUUUGUAAUAAAAAUCUUGCAGAGCUUUGCACUUUUAUUUUAUCCAUAAUUUUUUAAAGCAACUUGCAAAUUUAAUGUACACAUUUCGAUGGAAUGGUUUGAAAUCCAACAAUGUGUGUUUAUAUCAAGUUUUAUAUGCAAGAUUGGUUUUAUGUUCUCGUUAUUUAGAUGUGGUUCCAAACGAUUUUGUUCCAGUAAAUUUAAUUAAGUAAUUUAAAAAUAUGGCCCAUAAAAUCAGUAGUCCAAGGGAAUGAAAAAUCCUCGGAAAAAUCUAAGGCAUUUCUUGAAAAAGCAUACCUAGAUGAAACUAUUUUUCAUACAUUUAUUAUUUUUGUUCAUUUUUUAUUUACCUUAUAUUUUUAUGUUCUAAAUAACUGCAAAGCUCUCUGGGACCCCUUGUAUUUUUAAUUGUAAGAUAAGCAUUCCUUUGUAUGUUACAGUUUUAGUAUUGAAAUAAAUACACAGUGGAAAAAUUA